AAUUCGAAAAAAAAAAGCCCUCUACUUCAAUAACCUAAAAAGCAAAAGUCACUGCGUGACUGGCUACGUUGAUUUUUUUCUUUUAUUCUUCUUUUCUUCAACUUUUUGUGUUAAAGCGCGUUAAUUGUACAAUAGAUAGAAUAUGCUUUUUGAAAAACCAAAACAUCAUCACCAUCAUCGUAUAAGUGAAUUUCAGGCAGUUAUUCUCGGAGGUUAUGGUAGUAGCAAUAGACUUUAUCCCAUUUCAGAAGAAGAUAACUUACCAAAAGCUUUGCUUCCUGUUGGAAAUAAACCGGUGAUCUCAUAUACGUUAGAAUGGCUUGAAAAAGCUGGUGUGAAUGACAUCAUCGUUGUUAUUCAAGCUACGAGUAAUUCACCACAAAAACUUUCAGCCUAUCUCAGAACAUAUCCUGGUAAUGUGCAUUGCCAAGUUGUUAGUGUUGAUGAAGAUGAUGAAACUGCAGAUGCUUUAAGAGCCAUUAAAGAUAAAAUUGAUAGAGAUUUCAUUGUUGUUCCAUGUGAUCUUAUUACAGAACUUAAUCCUAAAGAAUUAUUUGAUGCACAUAGAGUUAAUGAUCCUACAUUCAGUGCAUUAUUUUAUGAACCUGGCUCAACUGAAAGUGCUAGCAAAGAUGAAGAUCUUUUGCCUUAUGUUGGUAUUGACCCUACACGUAAUGCACUUGUUUAUAAGGCACUCCGUUCUGAAGAUGAAGAUUUCUCCAUGCGUUUAUCUUUAUUAAACAAAUUUCCAAAAGUUAGAAUUCAUACCAACUUGCAAGAUGCUCAUUUAUAUAUUUUUAAAAAAUGGGUUUUGGAUAUUGUUGUGGAUAAAGAAUACAUUACAAGUAUUUCUAAAGAUUUGAUACCUAUGCUAGUGAAAUGUCAAUAUCAGAAGAAGUUAGUUGAAAGAGAACAAAUUACAAAAUACUCAUCCACUUAUCAUGAUUUAUUUGCAAACGCACUUUCGUUAUCUACAACGCAAACAGCUGAUAUGGAAGAAGAAAUAGUAAAGGAUGAUCCUAUCCAUUCGAGCUUUAAGAGUCCUAUAAAGACCUAUGUUCAUAUAUAUCGUGGAGGUUUUUGUGGUCGUGGUAACACAACAGCUAGUUAUAGUGAACUGAAUCGUUAUGCAACAAAACAAGGAGCAUUGAUUACUCGUGUGCCCAUAAGUUCAGAAGUUGCACCUAGAACUCAAGUUGGUAACGAUUCAGUUAUUGGAGAAUACACAAAGAUUGAUGAAAGGUCGUCAGUCAAGAAAUCGUGUGUUGGUUCACAUUGUAUUAUUGGAAAGAAUGUAAAGAUUGCUAAUUCAGUUAUCAUGGACCAUGUGGUUAUUGGUGAUAAUGUUAAGAUUGAUGGUUGUAUUAUCUGUAAUAAUGCGAAUAUCCAAGAAAAAGCCUCUUUGAAGGAUUGUGAUGUUGCUGGCGGUUAUAUUGUUGAUAAAGAGAGUCAAUUAAAGGGAGAAAAAUUAGUUGCUUUUAGAGAAGCUAUUUAAUGUUGUGCAAUAAAGGAUUUAUUUUAUUAUCAUCUAUAAAGUAAGCUUAGCUUGUGCGUCUUUUGAUGUAGUGAAGAAUAUGUAACUUUUGUGUAUCCCUCACUGUUUAAUGGUGUAACUCUAUUUUUUUUUUUCUCAAAUGACUUGUAGAACUUUAUUAUUCUCCCUUGUUUUUAUUUGUCUGUUUAUUUAUUUAUUUCUGCUGCUGCAUAAAUCCUUUUUAUAUUUUUCUUUUGUGUU